UCAUGCUCAGUCCCUGAGGAUCCCACUCCUGGAGAGGGUGCCUGUCCACAUUCCAACCCAGAGGAUUUUACUCCAGACUGGGGAGUGCUUGCAAAGAGUGACUGGAGAGCCUAUCUUCACUGAACCUGGCCAAGAGUUGACAAUUCCUCCUACAUAAAGACGAUCUCUGAGGAGGACAUGCAAUUUCAUGCUCCUGUCUUAUUCCCACCAGAAGAGACUGAAGCGUGAGGAUUCCUGGUUCCUACCCUCUAAGUCACUGAGUGUGUCACAGGGAGCACAGGCCAUCAGAAGAGGAACUCCAGAAAGUUUCCCAGGGCUGGAAGAAGGAUGCUUCGAGGACGGUCCCUGUCUGUCACUUCCCUGAGUGGACUUCCUCACUGGGAGGUGGAAGAGCUUCCCGUGGAAGAUGUGUUGCUCUUUGAAGUUGCAUGGGAAGUGACCAACAAAGUUGGCGGCAUCUACACUGUGAUCCAGACCAAAGCCAAGGCCACAGCGGAUGAGUGGGGAGACAACUACUUUCUGAUCGGCCCCUAUUUUGAGCACAACAUGAAGACGCAGGUGGAGCAGUGUGAACCCCCCAAUGACACCAUACGGAGAGCCAUGGAGACCAUGAGUCAACAUGGGUGCCAGGUGCAUUUCGGACGGUGGCUGAUAGAAGGGAGUCCCUACGUGGUGCUCUUUGACGUCGGCUACUCCGCUUGCAACCUGGACCGUUGGAAGGGGGACCUCUGGGAAGCGUGCAGGAUUGGCAUCCCCCACCAUGACCAAGAAGCCAAUGAUAUGCUGAUAUUUGGCUCUUUAACAGCCUGGUUCUUAAAAGAGGUGACAGACCACGUGAAUGAGAAGCAUGUCAUUGCUCACUUCCAUGAAUGGCAGGCCGGGACCGGGCUGAUCCUCUCCCGAGCCCAGAAGCUGCCUCUGGCCACAAUAUUCACCACUCAUGCCACACUGCUGGGGCGGUACCUCUGUGCGGCAAACAUGGACUUUUACAACCAUCUCGAUAAGUUUAACAUCGACAAGGAGGCAGGGGAGAGGCAGAUCUACCAUCGUUACUGCAUGGAGCGUGCCUCUGUCCACUGUGCCCACGUGUUCACCACGGUUUCGGAAAUCACAGCCAUCGAGGCUGAGCACAUGCUGAAGAGAAAGCCUGACGUUGUUACUCCAAAUGGCUUGAAUGUUAAGAAAUUUUCAGCGGUGCAUGAAUUUCAAAAUCUGCAUGCCAUGUACAAAGCCAGGAUCCAAGAUUUUGUUCGAGGUCAUUUCUAUGGCCAUUUGGACUUUGAUCUUGAAAAGACUUUAUUCCUUUUCAUUGCUGGGAGGUAUGAGUUUUCAAACAAAGGAGCUGACAUCUUCCUGGAAUCUUUAUCCAGACUAAAUUUCCUGCUGAGGAUGCACAAAAGUGAUGUCACGGUGGUGGUGUUCUUCAUUAUGCCUGCCAAGACAAACAACUUCAAUGUGGAAACCCUGAAAGGCCAGGCAGUACGAAAGCAGCUGUGGGACACGGCACAUGCCCUGAAAGAAAAGUUUGGAAAGAAACUCUAUGAUGCUUUAUUAAGAGGAGAAGUUCCUGACAUGAACAGUAUUUUGGAUCGAGAUGAUCUAACGAUUAUGAAAAGAGCCAUUUUUUCAACUCAGCGACAUUCCCUACCUCCAGUGACCACCCACAACAUGAUUGACGACUCCUCUGACCCCAUCCUCAGCACCAUCCGGCGGAUCGGACUUUUCAACAGCCGCACAGACAGAGUCAAGGUGAUUUUGCACCCAGAAUUCCUUUCCUCCACCAGCCCUUUGCUACCAAUGGAUUAUGAAGAGUUUGUCCGAGGUUGUCAUCUUGGAGUUUUCCCUUCAUACUAUGAACCCUGGGGCUAUACUCCAGCUGAAUGCACAGUGAUGGGCAUCCCCAGUGUGACAACCAAUCUCUCAGGCUUCGGCUGUUUCAUGCAGGAACACGUAGCAGACCCUGCUGCAUAUGGUAUCUACAUUGUAGACAGGCGGUUUCGCUCUCCAGAUGAUUCUUGCAACCAGCUGACUAAGUUUCUCUACGGGUUUUGCAAGCAGUCCCGCCGCCAAAGAAUUAUCCAGAGGAACCGAACUGAGAGGCUGUCAGAUCUUCUGGACUGGAGAUACUUAGCAAGAUAUUACCAGCAUGCCAGACACCUGACAUUAAGCAGAGCGUUUCCAGAAAAAUUCCACAUGGAGCCCACUUCUCCACCAACGACUGAAGGAUUUAAGUACCCCAGGCCUUCCUCUGUCCCACCUUCUCCUUCAGGGUCUCAGGUCUCCAGUCCUCACAGCAGCGAUGUGGAAAAUGAUGACGAGGAGGAUCGAUACGAUGAGGAAGUGGAAGCAGAAAGGGAUAGGGUAAAUAUUAAGUCACCCUUUUCCCUGGGUCCCGUGCCUCAUGGGAAGAAGAAGCUGCACGGAGAGUAUAAGAACUGAAUUCCUCCACGUGAGGCUGAUUCACUGAGAAUACAGAACGAUUAUUUAAAGAGAUGAAGAAAAGCCACGAGGUUCAUUGUCAUCUUCUGAACAUUACAGAGAAAUGCAUUCUUUCCCUACAAAGUGGAGAUUAAGCAAACAGUAAUUGUGUGGUCUAUAAUAAGGUGGAUAUCUACAUUUAGGCUUGAGGGAAAAUGAAGUGUUUUCUUAAAAGGUUGAUUUAAAUGAUAAGACUUUUCAUUUACUACUCUUUAAAACAAUGUCAAUAGUUGGGAUUCUUUGCUUUGCAUGUACAACAUUGCUAUGCCCCAUUGAAGUUCCCUAUUUCCCUCAAAGGAUCCUGAUUAGUCACGAAUGUGUACCAUCUAUAGAUUUUAAAUGACUUGGUCCUUAAUAAGUCCUUUCCUUUUUUUCACAUAAGACAAGGCCAUGCAUGUAUAUAUUAUUGCAAACGAAUCAAAAUCCACAAGAAAAUAACUAUCCUGGCUCUAAUUUUAGAAUGCAUGUUAACUCUUAUUUCCAAGGUUAUUUCUCAAGUUAGUGGUAGAAAAUGUUACCAUCUGUCCUGUACAAAAUACUUGACCAGUUUUACUACUGCUUAAAAAGAGUCUUUUGAAAUUUUAGUCAAUGAUGCACAGAUGAUACAAUGCUAAAUCUAAAUGAAUAAAUCAUCAGUAUUUAAAGAUUCAAUUUUUAAUGCAAAGUGUUUUGUCUAAAGAUCUUCUCUACAUUUAAAUAUGUAAAAACACCUGCCAUGUAUUUGUUCCUGAUGAAGGAUACCAUUUAAACAACCGUUUAAAUUUUUGCACAAAAGGGGGCAGUAGGCAACGGCUUAUCUGCUUAAGUGCACAUAUUAGUAAUGCACAAGGACCUGGUCUCAAGCCCCUGCUCCCCACCUGCAGGAGGAAAGCUUCAUGAGCAAUAAAGCAGUGCUGCAGAUGUCUUUCUCGCUCUCCCUCUGGAUUUCAUCCCUCUCUCUCAGUUUGUCUCUGUUAAAGAUUAAAAAUUUUUGCACAAAAGGGAA